GUCCUCCCCGCAUCCAGCACGGACCCGACGGCGGCGGCGGCUGCAGCGAGAGGAGGAGGAGGCGGAAGAUGGCGGGAUGGCUACCGGCCUGUGUGGUGGACUGUGGCACCGGGUAUACAAAACUUGGAUAUGCUGGAAAUACAGAACCACAGUUUAUCAUCCCUUCAUGUAUUGCUAUCAAGGAGUCUGCAAAAGUAGGAGAUCAAGCACAAAGGAGGGUGAUGAAGGGUGUUGAUGAUCUAGACUUCUUUAUUGGGGAUGAAGCAAUAGAAAAGCCAACUUAUGCAACAAAGUGGCCAAUCCGUCAUGGUAUAGUUGAAGAUUGGGACUUGAUGGAGAGAUUUAUGGAACAAGUGAUCUUUAAAUACCUACGGGCAGAACCUGAAGAUCAUUAUUUUCUUUUGACUGAACCUCCACUAAACACACCAGAAAACAGGGAAUAUACAGCUGAAAUUAUGUUUGAAUCCUUUAAUGUACCAGGCCUAUACAUAGCUGUACAGGCUGUCCUUGCCUUAGCUGCAUCUUGGACAUCAAGACAGGUAGGAGAGCGGACUCUGACUGGUAAGGUUAUAGACAGUGGAGAUGGUGUCACUCACGUCAUUCCUGUGGCUGAAGGGUAUGUUAUUGGCAGCUGUAUCAAGCACAUUCCAAUUGCUGGGAGAGAUAUAACAUAUUUUAUUCAGCAGCUAUUGAGAGAACGAGAAGUAGGAAUUCUUCCUGAACAAUCCCUGGAAACAGCUAAGGCAGUGAAGGAACGUUAUAGUUAUGUCUGCCCAGAUUUAGUCAAAGAAUUUAACAAGUAUGAUACAAAUGGGUCAAAGUGGAUUAAACAGUAUACUGGAAUCAAUGCAAUCUCAAAAAAAGAAUUUUCUAUUGAUGUUGGUUAUGAACGGUUCCUGGGUCCAGAAAUUUUCUUUCACCCAGAGUUUGCUAAUCCAGACUUCACACAGCCUAUCUCAGAAGUAGUAGAUGAGGUAAUUCAGAAUUGUCCCAUUGAUGUCAGACGUCCUCUCUACAAGAAUAUUGUACUCUCUGGGGGUUCAAACAUGUUCAGGGAUUUUGGACGUCGGCUACAACGAGAUUUGAAAAGAACUGUUGAUGCAAGACUGAAGUUAAGUGAAGAAUUAAGUGGUGGUAGACUGAAGCCUAAACCUAUUGAUGUGCGUCACCACAUGCAGCGAUAUGCAGUAUGGUUUGGGGGAUCAAUGCUAGCUUCCACACCUGAGUUCUACCAAGUAUGCCACACCAAAAAGGAUUAUGAAGAAAUUGGACCUAGUAUUUGCCGCCACAACCCAGUGUUUGGGGUUAUGUCUUAAAAUUGACUUCAUAGUUAUAACAGUUAGGGAAGUGGGGAAGAGCUCAUCUUUCUGAUUUACCUGUUUUGUCUGGAUGGCUGAUAAGAUAGCAAACUGACUUGACAAGAAAAAGACCAAACAUAAUUCAACAGGAAUAUUUUAAUAAAUGUAUCAACAUACGAAUGUAGAAGAAAGCCAAAAUGAUUAAAAGUGUUUUCCUUUAGAUAAUAUUUGAAUCUGUGUGUAACAAAAAGAAAUGGGUUUUAGUUCUUUCUGUGACCAGAUAUUUUGUAUAUUAAUGGAUUAUCCAAGAUUUGAUGGAAUUUAAUGGUAUGUAGAUAGCUCUAUAAUGCUUGAAUUGUACACACCAAAGUGUACGAUGCAAGAGCUUGUUUAUAUUUCAUACUUUUUUAUACUUUGAGGAAAAAAUGUCAAAGAAAAACUGUCAUAUUUGAGGAAAAGAAAGACCAACUCUAAGGUAAAUUAAAAAAAAAAGCCUCAUGACACUUGCUUACACACUCAUGUUAUCUUAGUUAUUAAAAUUUUCAACCAUCCAAAAAAAAAA